ACAAACCUCAUCCCUAGUGCCUUCCUAGCACGCCCGAUAAAGAUCGUGGUCAUCGGUACCGGUAAUUCGGGAAUCCAAUUUACAUAUAAUACGACCAAAGUAUUAAGAGGCCUUAACCUUAAGAUUUACGACAAAAAUCCUAGCCUUAGAGGUACGUGGUAUAAAAAUCGCUAUCCCGGAUACAUAUACGAUGUGCCUUCCUACACCUAUCAGUUCAAUUGGGCACCCAAUCUAUCAUGGUCAUCGCUUUACCCACCAGCUCCGGAGAUUCACAAAUACUUAGAGGAUGUGGCCGAUAGGUAUGACCUUCGCCGGUUCAUAACAUUUAAUACCGAAUGCAUAUCGGCUGAAUGGGAUAGAGAAUCCUCGAAGUGGAAAGUCGUUCUUCAUAAUGUGGUUUCCGAACAUCGGAAGACCAUUGUUGCUAAUGUUUUUGUUUAUGCCGUCGGGCGGCUAAAUAACUACAAUAUCCCUAAGAUAGAGGGUCAGGAGAUAUUUCUUGGGAAACAAGUACAUACUGCAAAUUGGCCUGCUGAUAUGGAUGUCACGGAAAAACGAGUUGUUGUGAUUGGGAAUGGCGCGAGCGCCGUUCAGUGCGUGGCGGCUUUGUAG